AUGUCGGACGCAAACAAGGAAAUCCAACCGCAGGUUCAUCGGAACGACUCCUCCAGUGGCUCAGACAAGGCCGCCGCGCCUCGCAAUGGCAAGCCCUCGACAGAGCCCGGCUUGGGCGCCAAGCACAUCGACCACGCAGACCUAGAGGCGCUCAACCGUAACGCCGAGGCUCGCAUCAAGAACCCGCUCGCAGGCAUCCCCUACGACCGCCUCAUGGCGGACGUCGAGGCCUUCACGCAGGAGAAGGGUCUCACCGAGUACACGGCCGUGUUCAAACAAGGCGCUCUCAUCGCCCAGGACCCGGACAACUAUGACAACCUGCCUGGCGAGCAUGCCCUGGCCGCCGAGGAGAAGGACGCCCUGCGCCUUGAGGUCGAGAAGAAGUGGCGCAUGCCCAUGAAGCUCUUCCUGACCAUCUUCACCUGCUCCAUGGGUGCAGCCGUCCAGGGAUGGGACCAGACUGGUAUCAACGGCGCCAAUGUCUACAUGCAGGAAGAAUACAAGAUCGGCGACGACUCUACAAGCUCACGAAUCAUCCUAGGCCUGGUGAACGCCGGUCCUUACCUCGGAUCUGCCCUGCUUGGCUGCUGGCUCUCUGAUCCCGUCAACAACUGGAUCGGUCGGCGUGGUGUCAUCUUUGUAUCUGCUCACUUUUGUCUCUGGCCCGUCAUCGGUUCCGCUUUCUGCCACACAUGGGAACAGCAACUGGUCUGCCGUCUCCUUAUGGGCAUCGGAAUGGGCAUCAAGGCUUCUACAGUCCCUAUCUACGCUGCAGAGAACUCGCCGGCCUCGAUCCGUGGAGCCCUGGUCAUGUCAUGGCAGAUGUGGACUGCAUUCGGAAUUUUCCUUGGAACGGCGUUUAACGUAGCCGUUUUCAGCGUUGACAGCCGAAUCAACUGGAGGUUGAUGUUGGGAGCCCCGUUCAUUCCUGCCGUUCCCCUGCUCUUGUUGAUUUACCUGUGCCCUGAGAGUCCUCGAUGGUACAUGAAGAAGAACCGUUACGCCGACGCCUGGAAGUCCAUCCAGCGCCUGCGCUUCACCAAGGUGCAGGGCGCUCGCGACAUAUACUACAUCCACUCCCAGCUGGUGCUUGAGAACGAGGUUUUGGGCAAGAGCACAUAUGCCACUCGCUUCGUCGAGCUCUUCACCAUUCCCCGUGUGCGCCGUGCGACGCUGGCCGCUUUCACCGUCAUGUUGGCUCAGCAGAUGUGCGGUAUCAACAUCAUUGCUUUCUACUCCACAACAGUGUUUGAGGAUGCUGGGUUCGGUCGUUACGAGGCUCUGCUCGGUUCUCUCGGUUUUGGUCUGGUCAACUGGCUGUUUGCGUUCCCGGCUUUCUGGACCAUUGACACGUUUGGUCGCCGCUCGCUCCUCCUGUUCACCUUCCCCCAGAUGACCUGGACGCUCCUCGCUGCCGGUCUCUGCACACUUAUCGACCCUGAUGGACCCCAGGCAAGGGUCCGCCUCGGAUUGGUCGCUCUGUUUGUCUUCCUUUUCGGCGCCUUCUAUUCGCCUGGUGAGGGCCCUGUGCCUUUCACAUACAGUGCCGAGGUAUUCCCACUGUCGCACAGAGAGGUUGGCAUGGGUUUUGCCGUCGCCACUUGUCUCUUCUGGGCUGCUAUUCUCGGCAUUACCUUCCCCUUCCUGCUCGACAGGUUCAAGGUCGUUGGUGUCUUUGGCUUCUACGCUGGUCUCAACGUCCUUGCACUCAUCAUGAUCUUCCUCUGGGUGCCUGAGACAAAACAGCGCACACUCGAGGAGCUCGACUACGUCUUCGGGUCGCCAACUUCUAAGUUCAUCAAGUACCAGUGCACCAAGGCUUUGCCGUGGUGGUUCAAGCGUUGGGUGCUUUUUGACAGGAACGCCAAGCUCGAGCCCUUCUACAAGGAGGACAGACACAACCAUCAUGUCCAGACUACAACUGGAGGAGCCGAGGAUGAGAAGAGGGCCAUCUAA